ACUUAUGUAUAUGAAAUUCAUAAAUAAAUAAAAUGAUACAAUUAAAUAAUGAAUUGCGAGUUUUACUACUUACUAGGUCAACUAACCCACAUGUAGCCAGCAUAAAAAACUUCUAUGUCAUAGGGGCAUGUUAUGUUAAAAUAUAUCAGCUACGAUAAAAAUGUUGUAAUUAACUAACAUUUCAGUGUGUAUGUAACACUUAAUAAGUAGAGUAACAAAUAAGAACAUUUUUAAAAUGACAAAUUUACAAAUUUUUAGAAGUUGUGUAUAUGUUCAUCUUUUAGUAGUGUGCAUUAUAUUUUGUGUGGUGUAUGACAGCACUGCUGAAUUGAAUUAUAGACGACCAAAAGCACAUUUUCAGUUGACACCUUGUCAAUCAGCAUUUACAAUAAAUAUUGGAAAUUAUAUUUUUGAUUAUGAUGCAAAAAUUACAGGACAUUAUGACAAAGAGUGUACAUUUUUAAUAGAAAGUCCACCUAAAUCACAAAUGAGACUAAGGGUCUCUCUUUCAAUAGGAAAUUUAGAAACUAUAGAAACUUGUGCAUGGUGGCUAAAAUUAUUUGAUUUUCAUAGCAAUGCAACGCUGAUUCCACUCGCAGAAUAUUGUGAAUCGACAAACACUACAGACUUAUUGACUUAUUCAAACAUUAUGUACAUUUUAUUGAAUAUUCCACCAGAAGGUUCAUUUCAAUUACACAUAGAAACUUAAUACAAAAAUAUA